AUGAAGUAUUUUAGCGUCUUAGUCCUGACACUUUUUUUUAUUUCAGCAGUAGUGACUGCACCAUUAAAAAAAAGUAAAACAGGAACAUCUAAGAAGUUGCUUCUCAUCUCUUUUGAUGGGUUCCGCUGGAACUAUGACCAGGAUGUUAAUACUCCAAACCUGGACUACCUAGCAGAGGUGGGGGUAAAGGCAAAGUAUAUCAAUCCACCAUAUAUUACUAUGACUUCACCAUCCCAUUUCAGCAUGAUCACAGGGCGUUAUAUAGAAGAACAUGGCGUGAUCCAUAAUCUGAUGUUUAACACAGAGACUCUGCAGAAGCUAACUUUUAAAGCAACACAGAACAGAUCAGAGUGGUGGGACAAUGGGGCAGAACCCAUGUGGAUCACAGCUCAAAAGCAGGGAAAAAGAGUUGGAUCAUUUCAUUAUCCAGGUGGAGGAGCCAAUUACAGUGGGCAAUCAAUCUACAGAACCCUAGUGGAGUCAUUUGAUCAUCCUGAUUCCAAUGAAACCGAGUGGCGAGAAAAUAUCGACAUUGUCAUGAACUGGUUUACUAAAGAGAAUUUUGACUUUGUUACUUUGUACUAUGGGGAACCAGACCAAGUUGGCCACUCAAAAGGGCCAGAGACACAAGAGAGGCGUGAUAUGAUUGUGCAGAUUGACAGGACCAUCGGUUACCUCUUAGAAGCCAUUGAAAGACAUGGUUUGAAAGAUGAUCUAAAUGUGAUCAUAACAUCUGACCAUGGGAUGACCACUGUCAAAAAGGACCCUGCAGUGAAAGAAAUCUUGCUUUCAAAAUACAUAAAGUUCCGAGACUUGGUCAAGUUUGACAUUGUAGACUAUGGGGGUUUCGGAAUGAUACUGCCCAAGGAAGGAAAAGAGGAACAGUUAUAUCAGGCACUAAAGAACGCACAUCCUUACUUAUCGGUAUACAGAAAAGAUGACAUGCCAAAGAGAUUUCAUGUUGCAAAUAAUCCUCGUAUUCUGCCAAUCCUGCUCUUUGCUGGCCUUGGUUACAACCUCAAUGGGAGAGUGAUCAUAUAUGUCAACAAAGGUGACCAUAGCUUUGACCAUGACUUCAUGGACAUGAAGACAAUAUUCAGAGCAUUUGGACCCGAUUUCAAAAAGAAUUAUGUGGCUGAGCCUUUUGAUAACAUCCAUGUCUAUGAACUGAUGUGCAGACUCCUAGCAGUCGAACCUGCACCUAACAGUGGUUCCUUAUCACACACCGAGGAUAUGCUGGUUGAGUCAUUAGAGGAAGGGCCCACUGAGCCAGACACCAGUGGGAAAGUUAACACUAAUGGCUUCGUGGCUGCUAUGAUCUUAACAGGCAUAAUAGCUGUUACGCUGGUGGUCUUCAUUACGUCUGUGCCAUACAUUGUCCACAAGCGUAACAAGAGGAAAGAAGAAGAGUGCGUUAACAAUGAUAUGCUACAUACCGGAAAUCAACGAUAG